AUGUUCCGCUUCGGUCCUAAAAUGUCCACUCUGCUCUGCUUAGGACGUCCCUCUGGGCACCGAUUGGGUAGGAAAUGCGCCCCGCCGCUGAAAUCGAAGAGUAAAAAAGGUAUACGUGGGGAGACCGUUCCGCACGUUUCCAACAACAUGGCGACUACAGCGACUACAGCCGCAGUACCGGGUGAAAUCUCGGUGAUGGAGGUCACUGACAUU